AUGGAGAGAACUUCUAGAUGGGAAGGCCCAUCUAAAAGGGAGAUAGUGGCCGGGUUGAAGCUGUUACCUUCUCAAAUUUUGACUGGAUUAACUGCCGAACAGCUUCGUGCCUAUGCUACGGUGAUACGCAUAGAGGAGAUAAGCGCGAACUUGAGGACAAACAACAUUGUUCCUACAGACCGACUCAGAUCCCCAUCGCCUCCACCAGAGUAUGAUUCAUCGGGCAAGAGAACGAAUACGAGAGAAUACAGGUACAGAAAGAAGCUUGAAAAUGAGCGCCACAAGCUGGUUACCACCGCUAUAUCCACGCUACCACUAUAUCAACCUCCUCCGGAUUACAAAAAGCCCGCUAAGACCCAGGAGAAACUGUUUAUACCCGUGCACGAAUACCCACACAUCAAUUUCAUUGGCCAGCUGAUCGGUCCUCGUGGAAACACUCUGAGGAAGAUGCAAGAGGAGUCCGGGGCCACAAUAGCUAUUCGUGGAAAAGGCUCAGUGAAAGAUGGAAAAGGUCAUCCUCAGCAGCAGAACAUGGACGACGACUUGCACUGCUUGAUCAGCGCUUCCAAUGAGGAACAGAUGAGACAUGCUAUCAGACUUUGCAAUGAGGUGAUCACCAAGGCAGUUUCCACACCUGAAGGUCAGAAUAACCAUAAAAGAGACCAGCUUCGAGAAUUGGCUGUGCUCAACGGAACUUUGCGUCCUGACGAUGAUUACACGUGCAAUUCGUGUGGGGAGAAGGGUCACAGACGCAACGAUUGUCCCAAAAGAGAGUCUUACAUCCAGAGCAUCGUUUGCCGUGUGUGUGGAAUGACUGGUCAUUUCGCAAGAGACUGUAAGAGGAACAACCCCAACUUCACUCAACUAGGAUCGAACAAUGCGAUACCUGACAGGGAGUUUGACCAGCUGAUGAGAGACUUAAAUGGCUUUCCGGAACGUAAUCCCGUCGAGGAGGAACCCGACCUCAAAAGACGGCUUGAAGAAGCACCUGUUGAGCCCGAGAAGAGACAGAGAGUUCUUCCCACACCUCCACCAGGUUUAUUAAUGGUUCCUGGACUACCACUGCCGGUUCCUGGUAUGACCAGACCACCACUUCCUCCGGGAUUGAAACCACCACCUCCGCCCUCAAUGUCAAGACCACCUCCUCCCCCGGCCAACGUGGUGAAACCUCUGCCUCCUCCUUCCAACGAGGUAAAAAAACCUCCUCCACCUCCUACAAAAUGA